ACUUGGCCUAGCGAUCCCUCCCUCCAGUCUUGCAUUAAUUGUCGUCGUCCCUUCGUCCCACGUGAGGCGACGUCCAUUUUAUUGGGUUCUCUUCCAGGAGGGGCUUCCUCCUUUUCCUUGGUGGAAAUUGGCUUGGAACGUGUCACUUUCCAGUCCCCGUUUUCUAUGACAGUCCCCACGCCAUGUCUCGCAGCCGCAGUGGUCAGGAGCCCAUUGUCAUGGUUAUAGAUUUUCACCAUGCAAGGGGCCCCGAAAUCGAACUAUGCUUUGGAGACGAUGGAAGCGACCCCGUUGCGGAGAAUGACUGGUCCUUGUUGCCAUUUAUGGCCCUAUCUGAUGGAGCGCAUAUGUCCACCGAGGAAUUCUCCUACUUCACUGUGCGGCGAAAGGAGACGGCCACCGAACCCGCAACGUCACUUUUCGGUAUUGCUUGUUCGAGACAGAUCGACUCUAACCUCCUUGUAUACCGGCCUCCGGAUGUCACGAGAUCUACGGUACAAAAGGCGGUGGUUGUGGUGACCGACAGUCCUCGAAGCCUGGGACAGCUGAGAGAGAAACUGUCCGUCGUGACUUCGGCUUGGUUUGCGCAACGGGACUUUUCGGACAUUGACAUUCUGAAGAAAUUCAGAGAAGGUCUAGUGAUCAGCUUGAAGAAGGAUGAGGGGUCGAAAGACCAGAAUUUAGGGCUCUCCCUGCGGGAGAUGAUCCAUGAGUUCAAGUAUCAAACCCUAGUCCUGUUCAAGGCUUUGCUUCUACAGCCUAAGAUGCUCUUCUUCGGCUCCAGGUGCGAGCGGCUGUGCAUGAUCCAAUUCUCUCUUGUCUCUCUGAUUCCGGGACUUAUGAAUAAGUUACAGGACUGUGCCGACCCAGCAUUCGACACCUAUGCACAGACUGUGGAACAACCAACCUCUCUAAAGACUAGUGAUCGGAGUUCUUUAUUGGCUUAUAUGGGCCUGCCCCUGCAGAUUUUCGGCAAGGGAAGCAUGUUUGGGCCUUACACGCCUUUGCAGCAGCUGGAUCUGCUGGCAGAUUAUGGAACAAAGUCGUAUGUUGUCGGCUCGACGAAUUCGCUGCUGUUGCAGCAAAAAGAUCGCUAUAGCGAUAUUCUAGUUAAUCUUGACGAAGAUACCAUUAAUAUCUCAUCUCCCACUCUCCGGAGUGCUCUAGCUCUUUCUGUCGCAGACAGACGCUGGAUUGACCUUCUCACGCAAAUAAUCAACGACACCUGGGACGAGGCGCAUCCGGAGCAGCCUAAGACGCACGGAUACAUGGGAUCGGAAGAAUUCAUUCGACUCCAGUUCGAAGAAUACCUCUUGGCCCUGCUUGCUUGCAUGCAAUAUCAUGAAGAACUUAACUCCUUCAACGCCGAUGACUUGGGCCGGAGGAGCCGAGCGCAUCUGGAAGCGUUCAACAUUGAAGGUGACCCCGCAUUAGAGUUCAAUACGGAAUUCCUGGCGCAGUGGAGGAACACGCCUAAUUAUUCCCUUUUCAAGCGCCUGACCUCUGAUGCACUUCUUUUCUCGAUCGUCGAACCUCGUCAUCCAUGCGCAGGAGGGCUGACCAUCGACGAUGUUCAACGACGUCUGUCCCAACAAGUCGCGGAACUUCACUUGGACGAAAGGGUUCGCGAAAGUCGCGAGGCCCUGAACCGACAUAUUUCUACUGGGCAAAAGAAAGUAAGUGCAGCGUUCAACAGCUUCUGGGCCGAUAUCGAGUCCAUGCGGGAGGCUCAGCGCAAGAAGAAUGAAGAGAAAGCCACACAGUCGCAGCGAUCAUCAUUGGAUAAAGGAUCCCGAAAUUCACCACCCUUCUCGCCUUCCGAUUCAGCAUCAAUACACUCAAUUGGAGGCUCUUCUUGGUUCUCUGGGCGUAAAGCUCCUGCUGUGGACAUUACUCAGGCACAGGCAUCCGUGAGCGCGGCGGGCCAGAAAGCGGGUGCCUACCUCAGCUCAUGGGGUUCUUGGGCAAGUGAAAAGCGAAAGGAAUGGCAGGAGAAGAGGGCUACACCGGCGUCACCGCCUUCCGUCGCUUCGCCAUCCGCUUCGGCCGUGACGGAGACCGGCGAGACAGACAGAGGAAGACGGCGCUCUAUGCAGUCUCGUCGUAGUGAAGAUUCCACAAUCUCCCGCAGUGGAAGCAGGAGAAAGCGGUGGAGCAAUAUACUCCUGCGGCGGGAAAGCGGCGAAUUUAGCUCUGCCUACAGGAAAGAUGACGAGAGCAGCAACAAUGGCGAACAGGAUAAUCUGUACUCGAGAUCGCCCCUGUCGCGUACGGCGUCGGUUCGUGACGACGACUAUGCCACACCAGCAACCAAACAACCUAGCGAACCAAUAACUCACUCCGAAGCCGAACCCAACGAGCCGGCAGCUACUCCGGCAGCGAAUUCUACGCUAUCGGCUCUCGAAGGACCCGAGGCCUCCCACACCAAGGAAGAGGAAGAUCAAGCCCAGGGUACCUCCUUGCAACCAUCUCCUGACAUCAAGGAGGUGCCCCCAGAACUGGCCGAGCCGCAUGCAGAGAAAUAAAUCAAUACUCUCAAGACAACUUAAUCACCUAGGCGAGUAUGGGCCCAUCUAUUACCUUCGAAUUGUGUGAUUAUAUAGUAACAGAUCUUCUUCCACCUUGUAUGUAUGCCCACACUUCUGUCAUGACAGGCUCUCCCUUUGUGUUACAUUGAUACCGAAGAGGACAGCAACAACGCCUGCCUGUACGAUGCGAUCUACAACGUCAUGUAUGCUUUCGAUCUCACAGAUAUAUAGCCAGCUAAUCCUUUUUGAUACCAUUAUAUAAAUAAUAAUACCAGUUAAUAC